CGGCUGGCGCCGGCGGCCGCCAUCGUCAUCAGCCGGGAUUGCGGCAGGCAGAGCCCUGAAGGAACCGAAGCGAGGCACUAGCCUCAAUUGCUCAGGAUUGCCGAGACAGCAGCAGUAAACAAGAACGUUGGAUUUUUCAGUUACACCAAAUAUGACCGUGUGCAUCUUAGAAGUCCAAAGGAAUAGCAAGAUGUCAGACUAACAGUUGUCCUUGACAGGGCCAGUCCAGAAAAUCAUGCAGUCAUCUGGGCAUAGGUUGCGUGAAGUUGAGCAUCACCCGCUGCUUGCUGAAAAUGACUGCUACGAUUCGUCGUCCUCCGAGUGUGACGUGGGAGAUCGCGUCUGGUUCAUCCGUGACAGCUGCGGGAUGGUCUGUGCCGUGAUGACCUGGCUUCUCGUGGUCUACGCAGAUUUUGUGGUCACCUUUGUCAUGCUGCUGCCUUCCAAAGACUUCUGGUACUCCCUGGUCAAUGGGGUCCUCUUCAACUGCUUGGCUGUGCUUGCUUUGUCUUCUCACCUAAGAACGAUGCUGACGGAUCCAGGUGCUGUUCCCAAAGGAAAUGCUACAAAAGAGUACAUGGAGAGUUUGCAGCUGAAACCAGGUGAAGUCAUCUACAAGUGUCCCAAGUGUUGCAGCGUGAAGCCAGAACGUGCCCAUCACUGCAGCAUUUGCAAACGAUGUAUUCGGAAGAUGGAUCAUCACUGUCCGUGGGUUAAUAACUGUGUGGGGGAAAGGAACCAGAGGUUUUUUGUCCUUUUUACUAUGUACAUAGCUCUAAUUUCAGCUCAUGCUCUCGUCCUGUGCGGGUUUCAGUUCUUUUCCUGUGUCCGAGAUCAGUGGAUUGAAUGCAGUGACUUCUCCCCACCUGUGACUGUGAUCCUGCUGAUUUUCUUGUGCCUUGAAGGGUUUCUGUUUCUUACGUUCACCGCCGUGAUGUUUGGCACUCAGAUCCAUUCCAUAUGCAACGACGAAACAGAGAUCGAAAGGCUGAAGAGCGAGAAACCCACGUGGGAGCGGAGGCUACGCUGGGAAGGCAUGAAGUCCGUCUUUGGGGGACAGCCUUCUCUGCUGUGGAUAAACCCUUUUGCCGGGUUCCGAAUCCGACGGCUGAUGCUGAGGGCAAAGAAAGGGGCGCCUGAAUUUUCUGUCUGAGCCUGCCCAAUCAUGCUGAAACUCACAAAAGGCGUUCCUUGUAUUUAUUGGGCACCCGGGGGGUGGGGGGGGAGAAGCUGCUCAUGUGCAACCUAUGACCAAUGGAGUUUAACAAAUACAUGGAACAUUUUGCUUGUAGCAAGCAGAGUUUUAUACCUUUAUAACCCCACAUGUCUCACUCUCGGAAGCGUCCAUGGAAUGUUGCCACGCCGGGCUUUUGAGCAAGUUCAACCAAGCAGACGAAAAACCGAGGGAAAUGGACAGUUACGCGAGGAAGCCAAAAUAUCAACUCAACCACUGUACCACGAUUUUAGAGGACUAGUUAUGCGGUCAUGUUCACCAGAUCUCUUUGUUAUGAGUGUGCGGGGUUUCCCUUCCCUUCCCUUCCCUUCCCUUCCCUUCCCUUCCCUUCCCUUCCCUU